GAGAGACUUUCGUGUUCUUCUUCUCCGAUCCUCUUCUCUACUAGCUGAGAACAAAAAUGAGUACUUUCAUGGCUUCCAAACGAUUCCGUCCACCUCUUUUACUAUGUCGUUUGAUAAACCCAAAACCCAUUUCUUCACAGUCUCGAUUUCUCCAUCCUCCGGAUAAUCAAAGUCGAGACAUUCCCGAUUCCACUACUGAAAUCAUCUCAGAACUAGAAUUUCCUCAUAAAGCCUCUAGACCAAAUCAUUCACCUUUAGUUUCAACCUCUGAGACUGAGAAUCAUGUGGACGACGCUCUUGUAAUCGAAGUUCUUCUAGGUCGUAGAAACGACCCCGUCUCAGCUCUUCAAUACUGCAGUUGGGUCAAGCCUUUACGUAGUCUCUGUGAAGGUGGAGAUGUCUUCUGGGUACUCAUUCAUAUUCUCUUUAGCUCUCCUCACACGCACGAUCGUGCUAGCAAUUUGCUCGUAAUGUUUGUUUCAAGCAAUCCAACGCUAAUUCCAAGCGCAAUGGUUAACUAUUUGGUUGAUUCGUCUAAAAGGUUUGGUUUUGAACUUAGCUCACGAGCUUUCAAUUACUUGUUGAAUGCUUAUAUUCGAAAUAGGCGAAUGGAUUAUGCUGUAGAUUGCUUUAAUUUGAUGGUGGAUCGAAAUGUGGUUCCUUUUGUUCCAUAUGUGAACAAUGUUUUAAGCUCUUUAGUUAGAAGUAAUUUGAUAGAUGAAGCUAAAGAGAUUUAUAAUAAGAUGGUUUUGAUUGGUGUUGCUGGUGAUAAUGUAACGACGCAGUUGUUGAUGCGAGCUAGUUUGAGAGAGCGAAAGCCCGAAGAGGCUGUGAAAAUCUUUAGGAGAGUUAUGAGUAGAGGAGCAGAACCAGAUGGUUUGUUGUUUAGUCUUGCUGUUCAAGCUGCUUGUAAGAUGCCAGAUUUGGUUAUGGCUUUGGAAUUGUUGAGAGAUAUGAGGGAGAAGUUAGGUGUCCCGGCCUCGCAGGAAACGUAUACUAGUGUGAUUGUGGCUUGUGUGAAGGAAGGUAAUAUGGAGGAGGCGGUGAAGGUUAAGGAUGAGAUGGUUGGUUUUGGGAUACCGAUGAGUGUAAUUGCUGCAACGAGUUUGAUUACUGGAUAUUGCAAGGGGAAUGAGUUAGGUAAGGCUUUGGAUUUCAUUAAUAGAAUGGAGGAGGAAGGGCUGGCUCCAGACAAAGUUAUGUUUUCUGUUAUGAUCGAAUGGUUUUGUAAGAAUAUGGAGAUGGAGAAAGCUGUUGAGAUUUACAAGCGGAUGAAAUCUGUAGGGAUUGCUCCUUCAUCUGUUCUUGUCCACACAAUGAUCCAAGGGUGUUUGAAAGCGGAGUCACCAGAAACAGCGCUAGAAAUCUUUAACGACAAUUAUGAAAGCUGGCUUGCGCAUGGUUUCAUGUGUAACAAGAUUUUCUUAUUGUUAUGCAAGCAAGGUAAGGUCGAUGCUGCGACGAGCUUUUUGAGGAUGAUGGAAAACAAAGGGAUUGAGCCGAAUGUAGUUUUUUACAAUAACAUGAUGCUUGCUCAUUGCAGAAUGAAAAACAUGGACUUGGCUCGUUCAAUAUUUUUGGAAAUGCUGGAAAAGGGUCUACAGCCGAAUAACUUCACUUAUUCCAUCUUGAUUGAUGGAUUUUUCAAGAAUCAAGAUGAACAGAAUGCUUGGGAUGUCAUCAAUCAGAUGAUUGCUUCUAAUUUCGAAGCUAAUGAAGUCAUAUAUAAUACGAUCAUCAAUGGUUUAUGCAAAGUUGGUCAGACAUCUAAAGCCAAAGAGAUGUUGCAAAAUUUGCUAAAAGAAAAGCGCUAUUCCAUGGGUUGCACGAGUUACAAUAGCAUCAUAGAUGGAUUUGUUAAAGAAGGUGAAAACGAUUCUGCUGUGGAAACUUACAGAGAGAUGAGUGAAAAUGGUAUAUCUCCAAAUGUUGUAACCUUCACAAGCUUGAUCAAUGGAUUCUGCAAAAGUAACAGAAUGGAUCUAGCUCUUGAAAUGGUACAUGAAAUGAAAAGCAUGGAGUUGAAACUUGAUAUUCCAGCCUACGGUGCACUGAUAGACGGGUUCUGUAAAAAGAAUGACAUGAAAACCGCAUAUACUCUGUUCUCUGAACUGCUGGAACUAGGAUUGAUGCCAAAUGUGUCUGUCUACAAUAGUUUGAUUUCAGGAUUCCGUAAUUUGGGAAAGAUGGAUGCAGCGAUUGACUUGUAUAAGAAAAUGGUGAAUGAUGGAAUAAGUUGUGAUCUGUUUACAUAUACAACGAUAAUCGAUGGUUUGUUAAAAGACGGAAAUCUAAUUCUUGCCUCUGAUUUGUACUCGGAGUUGCUUGCUUUGGGUAUUGUCCCUGAUGAAGUUCUGUACAUGGUACUUGUCAACGGUCUUAGUAAGAAGGGACAGUUUGUGAGAGCAAGCAAGAUGUUAGAGGAGAUGAAGAAGAAAGAUGUGACUCCAAAUGUGCUUAUAUACAGUACUGUUAUCGCAGGACAUCAUAGAGAAGGAAAUCUCAAUGAGGCUUUUAGACUUCAUGAUGAGAUGCUUGAGAAAGGUAUUGUACAUGAUGAUACUAUAUUCAAUUUACUCGUGAGUGGAAAAGUUGAGAAACCUCCUGCUGCAGCCAAGAUUAGUAGCUUGGCUUCUCCUGAGAUGAGAUCGAGCCACUAAAAAAUAAAUGUCUCUCAAGCCGUAUGAUCUUUAGAAGACAUACAAAAGGAGAUUGUCAUUACUCUUUUCAGUAAAAUCCUUUUAUGGGA